AUUGUUUUGUAACUCCAUGCCGCAAUCUAGCAGGCGUUCAUUGUAGCAAUCUCUAGACACUCCUCUGUUUUCUAGGAAGAAAGGCUCAAAGUCUUGACUGCUUACAUUCAACAUCCUUAAACUGCGGGAGAACUCGUAGGGAUGGACAACAAUCGUGAAUAUCAAGCAACUCAAGGAGCAAACUACGGAGCUCGUGCGCCAAUUAAUCCCACAGCAACUGCUGGCGAAACCAACGUGACGAUCGCCGACAUUGGCUCAGCUACCGGAGAUCAGCAUGCAGAAGCGAAACCUGGAUUACAUGCAAUAGGUGGUGAGAAGCAUAUUGAGAACAAAGAAGAAGCUGGAAAGAACAACAGACAUGGCGAGGAAGGGGCCAGGUCCGUCGGGCCUGAAUUUCUGGUGACUUGGCAAGAUGAAGCUACCGAUCCAGGUAAUCCAAAGAACUGGGCUAUGAGAAGAAGAGUAAAAGCGUUGCUCGGGAUGUCCUCAUUCGUCUUCAUGAGUCUAUUCACUGUCAGCAUCGUUGCGCCUACACUGCCCGCGAUUGCCUCGGAGCUCCACAUUGAGAACAAAGCAGUCCAAGAGAUGGUCCUCUCUGUAUAUCUUUUGGGCUUUGCUAUUGGUCCACUGAUCGCAAGCCCUCUCUCCGAGACGUUCGGACGUGUGAGAAUUGUGCAGUCAUGGAACCUGCUGUACCUUGUUUUCAACGCUGGCUGCGGAGCGUCAAGAACGAAAGAAGCCGUCAUCGUUUUAAGGUUCAUCUCUGGCAUAUUUGCGAGCGCCACCCUUGGUAUUGGUGGUGGCACCAUAGGCGAUAUGUUCCGGCCAAAAGAGCGCGGCAAAGGUGUGGCUAUCUAUAGCUGGUGUUCAGUUCUUGCCCCGUUGUUCGGAGUUAUUCUUGGUGGAUUUGUCGCUAAAUAUACCACCUGGCGCUGGGCUUUCUACGCAUCCUCGAUUCUCAGCGCUUUGAUUCAGCUUUUGGGAUUCAUCUUGCUGGAAGAAACAUAUCCACCUUUGUUACUACGCAAAAGAAAGUGGCAGCUUAUCCAAGAGACUGGAGAUGCAAGGUAUUACACAGAUUACGACCAUCUUGAUCAUGUUGGGAUUCGGGUACUCUCGCAAAAUCUGGUUAGACCUUUCAAACUUUUGGCGACGCAGCCCAUUGUUCAAGUCAUGGCUAUGUAUAAUGCAUAUCUGUAUGGCAAUACUUACAUCUUCUUUGCAGAUUUCGUCAAUGUCUGGACGGAUCGCUAUCAUGAGAGCGUCCAAAUUGCUGGCCUCAACUAUGCCUCUAUUGCAAUUGCUUCCACCAUAGCCACAAUCAUAUACACCAUGACAAUCGAUAGAAUAUAUCGUAAGAUGUCGGCGAAGAAUGAUGGGAAAGGAAAACCAGAAUUUCGGAUUCCUGUUAUGGUGCCCGGAACUCUCUUGCUAGUAAUCGGACUGUUCUGGUACGGCUGGAGCGCCGAGUAUAUGCUACAUUGGAUCAUGCCGAAUUUAGGUUGCUCUCUCUUCGUGGCAGGUGCCUUGGUUUGCACCAGCUCGGUGAAUGCGUAUAUUGUUGACACAUACGGGCAAUACUCUGCCAGUGCUAUUGCCGCGAUAUCAAUCCUACGAUGCCUGGCUGGUUUCGCAUUCCCAUUGUUUGCUCCAUAUAUGUAUACAACACUCGGGUAUGGUUGGGGUGCUUCGCUUCUUGGCUUUAUCGCUUUAGGAGUCGGCUUUCCGGUCGUCGGGCUCCUGUGGAAGUUCGGCUCGUAUCUUCGGGAACGGAGCCCAUACUCAAAUGCUUUACGCACUCAGCUGUAGGGCCAUGUGUGCAGCGAAGAUGUGUU